CAGCAAGUUGGUGGAGCAUUCCUCCUACACCGAGCGCGUGCGUGUAGUUCACAAUCACGGGAUGUCCGAUUGGGAUCGCCGUUGCUGUUGUUGUUGUUGUCCAGCAUCUUCCUGAGCUAUAGCGCGUGUGCGUGUGUGCGAUAGAGAUGUCGUCCACUUCCUCGACAGGAUUGCAACAUCAGGCGUCCCCUCGGUCACCGAUAGUGGCCGCAGCCGUUGCAGCUGCUUCCGCGAUCGGGUCCGCAUCGGUCGGUAGCAGUGCGUCCGUGGUCGGAUGGUCGAAUAAACGGAGCCCCAUUCAUCAUCUCACCACCAGCCAGGACGUUAUCAAUCAGGGGAAAUGUCUUUGCGGUGAGUACAUACGCGCACGGUUAAAACGAUCCGGCCUGCUCAACCGGAAGAUCCUGCAGCGAUUGCGCAACUCGAUGGAGCACUGUUCGGCGGUGGGUGGUGGUGUAGUGGUACGGGAAGCACUCCCCAUACUGAACGGAAUGGGCGAGGAGCUGGAACGGAUGCAUCCCCGGCUCUACACCAACGUGAGCCGACAGAUCUCGAACGAACCGUGGGGUGAGCUAACCGAACCGGACACGGUCGGCUAUCUGCUGCACGUAGUGGCGAAGGAUCUGUUCAAGAGUGGCAUUACCUGGGGCAAGGUGAUCUCAUUGUUUGCCAUCGCCGGCGGACUGGCCGUCGACUGUGUGCGGCAAGAUCAUGCAGACUACAUGCAACAGCUGAUCGAGGGCACCGCGGACGUGAUCGAGGAGGAUCUGAGCGGAUGGUUGGUAGAACGGGGCGGAUGGCUUGGUUUGCAGGAUCACGUACAUCCUCCCCAGCCGGAAAUUUCCGUCACCGGCUGGUUAAGCCUCACCGCCGUGACGCUCGUCGUGAUCUACGUCGUCUCACUGUUCCUACGGAUGAUCGGUAGCAGCUACUUCGAACCGAACCGAUCUGCAUCCAACUAGCAGCUUCAUCCCUCUAUGCUUUAAUGUUUGUUUUAGACAGAACAAAACCUGACACUAUCGCUACUACUUGCAUCAUUCCGCGCUAACAUUUCUAUCCUUCCCUAGCAGGACGAACCUUCGCUCUGUGAAAUCUCUUUAGAAUCUUCCGCCUUAGGCGUAUUGGACGACUGGAAUACUAAAUAUAAUAAUAGCUAAAGCGGGAAGAAAUAAUGAAAACACAUAUGCCAAGCAAGGCCAAAUAGGGAACCGGGGAGAUCAAAGGUGUGCGUGCAAAUAUGUUAAAGUUUGUUUAGUUUUAGUUAUGCUUAGUUUUUUUAUGUAUGUAUGUACGCCACUGUUUCCUAUUUAAUUCGCAUUGUGUUUUCUCCCCAUUAUAAUUUGUUUUGUUGUCGUCUGAGCUUGUGAGCAAUAUCUCCCAUAUAUACAAUCUGUAGGCUAUAUACACGUAUGUACGCACGAAGGGCGUAAAAUGCAAUAAAUAUACAAAAACUAUUGGUUUACUGCUAAACGUCUAACGUGAAAGCAGUGAUUGUUA